CAUACAUGACUACGCGCACUAAGGGCGCUUUUAGUGUCACGCGGAUUUGCUCACGCACGCGGGAUUGGCCCGCAUGCGUAGCAUCCGCAAAGAACAAUUUCAUAUAGGUAUCUAUUGUAAAGCGUGAUAAACGCACGCGGGACGCGGGGCGCUGUGCGGGGCGUCACCCCGGUGCGGGGUAUCCGCAUGCGUAAGCGCUGCCUACAACUUCAGUGCCCAUUUUAGAGUCGAGCGGGGCGCACGCGCCGUAUUGUACUACCGAAAUGAAAAUUGAUACAGAACGAGUAAUCAUUGAAGUUCAUCUGCGGCCCGUUUUGUGGGAUAAACGCAAUGAAUUAUACAAAAACAGGGACGCGAGGGAGGCUGCAUGGAGAGAUAUUUUGAAGGAAUUGGCACCUAACUACGAAAAUUUGAGCGAAGAGGAAAGAAAAGUGGCGGACAAGAAAAUACAACAACGCUGGCGAACAGCAAGGGACACUUACCAUAAAGACAAGAUAUCUGAAAAAAAUCAGCCAUCCGGCUCUGGGAGUAAGAAGAAGAAGAAAUAUUCUUACUAUGACAUUUUGACUUUCUUAGACAGUACAACGGAAACUGCUGGAGAAGAGUCACUCUGUGAAGAAAUGUCUGAACAAAGUAAUUUAGAAACACCUAAUGAGUCCACGCAACCAGGUACUUCACGUCAAGAAAGUUCUCAACUAACAUCACAACGUAAUUUAGAAACACGUAAUGAGUCCACGCAACCAGAUACUUCACGUCAAGAAAGUUCUCAACUAACAUCACAACGUAAUUUAGAAACACGUAAUGAGUCCACGCAACCAGAUACUUCACGUCAAGAAAGUUCUCAACUAACAUCACAACGUAAUUUAGAAACACGUAAUGAGUCCACGCAACCAGAUACUUCACGUCAAGAAAGUUCUCAACUAACAUCACAACGUAAUUUAGAAACACGUAAUGAGUCCACGCAACCAGAUACUUCACGUCAAGAAAGUUCUCAACUAACAUCACAACGUAAUUUAGAAACACGUAAUGAGUCCACGCAACCAGAUACUUCACGUCAAGAAAGUUCUCAACUAACAUCACAACGUAAUUUAGAAACACGUAAUGAGUCCACGCAACCAGAUACUUCACGUCAAGAAAGUUCUCAACUAACAUCACAACGUAAUUUAGAAACACGUAAUGAGUCCACGCAACCAGAUACUUCACGUCAAGAAAGUUCUCAACUAACAUCACAACGUAAUUUAGAAACACGUAAUGAGUCCACGCAACCAGAUACUUCACGUCAAGAAAGUUCUCAACUAACAUCACAACGUAAUUUAGAAACACGUAAUGAGUCCACGCAACCAGAUACUUCACGUCAAGAAAGUUCUCAACUAACAUCACAACGUAAUUUAGAAACACGUAAUGAGUCCACGCAACCAGAUACUUCACGUCAAGAAAGUUCUCAACUAACAUCACAACGUAAUUUAGAAACACGUAAUGAGUCCACGCAACCAGCAACAACAUCGUCUACAGGCGAAAGAAAUGUCAACGCUCAGGAUACAAAUUUACAAAGAAAUGAAUGA